UAUUAUAUAUCUGCUAGUAGUCGCGGUCAGAUCUUUGGACCAGACGACCGAGUUAUCUUACGUCAUUUAAGUAAUUGAUUGUUUAAUUACAACAAUUGAAUUAUAAAACUAUUAAUAAUAUAGUGCAAUAAGAUAUACUUACCUAGUUGUAUAGUGAAUAGUAGUUUUACAAUGGCAAAGUAUAGUAAUAUUGCGUAUUUGGUGCUAAUGCUGUGUUUGUCAGUGACAGUGGAUUCCAAGCCAAGAAACACUAAAGACUCAAUUGCGUUUCCAGAAAUCGAGGAGAACAUUAAUUUAGUAAACAAAAAUGAUCGCCGCCCUGUAUUUUUACCUUCUAUGUGUCCAGAGAAUGAGCUUUUUUAUCCCGGGGAUCAGAAAGAUGAUUGGAUCUGUGAUUGCCGACCAGGUUACAUAUUUCACCCAAAAACUGAUGCCUGUUGGCCGGCUUACCAGCGCGGCCCGUGCGACCACGGGUCCUAUCUAAUUUUGGUGCCCAAUUCUGUGAUCCCGGAGUGCGUCCGCAACCCUUGUGUAAGCGACCAAAUGGUGAUUUUUAAUGGGAAAUGCGAAAAAUUGGGCGCGACCGCUCCUUGCGGCGUUACUUUCCCGAUAAAAGCUGUGUUCGUGAACGCGACUACGCUCGAUAUUGAGUGCACCAAUGUUAAUACGGAGUCGCCCUUUAACCAGAAAAUCGUAGAAGAGCCACUGAAAAGUUGCCCUCCUGGAUGUAAACGAGUUAUUCAAAAUAAAUGUUAGUACUUAA